UGCCUUCACAACUCAUCGAUAACAUGUUUACCAAGGUUCUAGUUCUGGGUUCCCUUGUGGCUGCUGCCCUCGCCCGCCCUGAGCCACCCCCUUCUUAUGCCCCUCCAGCACCAGCCUACAGCCCCCCAGCUCACCCACGACCUGCUUAUGGCGCUCCUUCUUACCCAGACACGCCUCCUCAGUAUAACGCCCAGUUCGCAGUGAAGGACGACUACUCCGGCAACGACUUUGGUCACCAAGAAUCUCGUGACAACUACGACACAAAGGGUACUUAUUAUGUCCAGCUUCCCGACGGUCGUCUGCAGAAGGUGACUUACUACGUUAAUGGCGACUCCGGCUACGUAGCGGAAGUGAGCUACGAGGGUGAGGCCCAGUACCCAGCCUACCAGCCUGCUCCAGCGUAUAAGCCUGCUCCAGCCUACCAGCCCGCCCCUGCCUAUGCAUAAACCGAUAUAAAAAUAUUUUUUUUUGUGAAUAUUUGUUGAUAUAUAUUUAUUACUAAAAUGGUCUGAAUAAAGACUUAUGCAUUAAAAUAAAUUUU